CUUACCUUGGGGUUGUGCUUCAGGUAGUGAAAAAGAAAAUAUCAAGAUGAGUAAAAAGCCUCCAAAUCGUCCUGGAAUCACAUUUGAGAUUGGUGCUCGUUUGGAGGCACUGGACUACUUACAAAAAUGGUAUCCAUCUCGUAUUGAGAAGAUAGACUAUGAGGAAGGGAAGAUGUUGGUGCAUUUUGAACGCUGGAGUCAUCGCUACGAUGAGUGGAUUUACUGGGAUAGCAAUAGGUUGCGACCCUUGGAGCGACCAGCAUUAAGGAAAGAAGGAUUGAAAGAUGAUGAGGAAUUUGUUGAUUUUAAACCUGGAGAAGAAGUUCUAGCUCGCUGGACUGACUGUCGGUAUUAUCCUGCAAAGAUUGAAGCAAUUAAUAAAGAGGGAACGUUCACAGUACAGUUCUACGAUGGUGUUAUUCGGUGUCUUAAGAGGAUGCACAUCAAAUCUAUGCCAGAGGAUGCAAAAGGGCAGGCGCGCGAGAGGGAGCAGAUAGCGCCGGAGCUGAGAUUAGUGACGGAAAUCGAACCAAAAGAAGAUUGGAUAGCUUUGGUCAAAGCUGCUGCAGCCGCAGCAGCCAAGAACAAAGCAGCAAGUAAACCUAGAACCAGCGCAAACAGCAAUAAAGAUAAAGAGGAAAGAAAGUGGCUAAAAGUUCCUUCAAAAAAGGAAGAAACCUCAACCUCUACAAUCAUGCAGGAAGUCCAAAAAAAGGAAGAGGAACCUACGUCUAGUGACACGUUUGUAGGCUUUCCAGUAGUGGAUGUUCCAAAGAUGGCCUUUGUGCAGGCGGAGAGCACAUUAUCCCACAAGAGGAAAAGCAAUCUAGGCAACUCGUUUCAGGCAAAGAGAGCUCGUCUUAACAAGAUCACUGGUUUAUUGGCAUCCAAAGCUGUUGUUGCAGAUGGUGCUGAAAGAAAGGAAGGCAACAAAGAAACAGCUCCAGUCCUGGAGCAGGAGAUUUCACCUAAACCACAAAGUCAGAAAAAAAAUGAAGCUGAUAUUAGCAGUUCUGCCAGCAUACAGAAACCUGCACUGUUAUCCUCAACUUUGUCUUCAGGAAAGGCUCGCAGCAAGAAAUGCAAACAAGAAUCUGGAGAUUCUUCUGGGUGUAUAAAGCCCCCUAAAUCACCACUUUCCCCAGAGUUAAUACAAGUCGAGGAUUUGACGCUGGUCUCUCAGCUUCCUUCUUCCGUGAUAAAUAAAACUAGUCCAUCACAGCCAGUGAAUUCCCCUAGAUCCUACAAACAUAGCCAACGGAGGAGGAGAUCUCAGCGUUUAGCCACUUGCUCGUUGCCUGAUGAUUCUGUAGAAAAAGUUUCUUCUCCCUCUUCAGUUACUGAUGGAAAAGUGUUCUCCAUCAGGGCUCAAAAUCAACAGCCAUCAAAAUUGGAGGUACCUGAUGUUGCCCAUAUGUCACUUGAGAAGCGUGGACCAUGUCUCCCUCUUGACUUAAGCCGUAGUUCGGAAGUUGCAUCACCAUUAUCCACAGAAUCCACUUUCCGUAAUGAAUAUCCCAGUAAAGAAAAGGAAGAUAUUCAGAUGGUUACAUAUCUUUCUUCCAAAGCAGUAACUGAUGGAAGAGUAGCUACAACAGCGUCAGCACCCUCGUCCCAUGUACAUGCCUUACAUCUGGAAAUGCCUUUAACCAAUAGUCUAAAGUUACCCAAAGGGAAUAGUAAAAAAAAGCGGUCCUCCACAUCAGUGAGCUCUGAAGGGACAGAGAUACAGUACUCUGUGCCCAUAAAGGAGAAAUGUUUUGAGAGUCUGAAGGAGAAAAUAUUAAAGAACGUGAUUGAGAAGGACAAGCAUUCAGAAGUUGGUGCAGUUAGAAUGGAGAGGAAAGGAAAACUGGAAGAGAAAAGCUCCUCAACAUAUGGUAAAAAGAAAGAAAAAGAGAAAAAAGAGAAAAAGGAGAAAGAUCAUAAAUCAAAACAGAAAAAGAAGAAGAAAAAAAAGAAGAAAUCUAAACAGCAUGAUUAUUCGGAUUACGAGGACAGUUCUGUUGAAUUCACGGAUAGAUGCUCCUCUCCCUUAACACGGUCCUCGGGGAGCUCCCUGACAUUGCGCAGCAUGUUCUCGGACAAGAACACGUCAUACCAGUAUCCCAGAGCCAUCUUGUCUGUUGACCUUAGUGGAGAAAACCUUUCAGAUAUGGAGUUCUUGGAUGAUUCUUCCACGGAGAGUUUAUUACUUAGUGGUGAUGAAUACAAUCAGGAUUUCGAUUCAACUAAUUUUGAAGAGUCUCAAGAUGAAGAUGAUGCUCUCAAUGAAAUUGUAAGAUGCAUCUGUGAACUGGAUGAAGAAAAUGGCUUUAUGAUCCAGUGUGAAGAGUGCUUGUGUUGGCAACACAGUGUAUGCAUGGGGUUGUUAGAGGACAGCAUUCCAGAGCAGUACAUCUGUUAUAUCUGCAGAGAUCCACCAGGUCAGAGAUGGAGUGCCAAAUAUCUUUAUGAUAAAGACUGGCUAAAUAAUGGACACAUGUGUGGAUUAUCGUUUUUGAAAGAAAACUACUCUCAUCUCAAUGCCAAAAAGAUUGUGUCAACACAUCAUCUACUGGCGGAUGUAUAUGGUGUAACUGAAAUAUUGCAUGGACUGCAGUUGAAGAUUGGGAUAUUAAAAAAUAAGCAUCACCCAGACCUUCAUCUGUGGGCUUAUUCAGGGAUGCGAAAAGAACAAGAACAAAUAACUCUUGGGGUAGAGAAAAAAACAGUGACUUUGCCAAACCCUGUUAAUCCACUUGAAAGGACGUGUCACAGUCAAAAUCAUAGACAGACACCCAGCUUACCCCUAAAGAUGGAAGAAACAUAUAUCACAAGUGAACACAGUUACCAAAAACCACAGAGUUUUGGUCAAGACUGCAAAGCAGUCAGUGACCCUAUGAGCUCAGAUGAUGAAGAUACAAGUAGUCUUGAUGAAGAUCAGGAAUUUCAUUCAGAGAAUAAAAAUUGUUUACCAUAUUCUUUUAAAGAUGAUGGGAUGAAUGAUCAGAAGAAUUCUGCUGAAGGGAACACUGUGUUUGUUUGUAAUGAAAAGAAGGGCUCAGAAGAAGAAGUGGACACACAUCUUCAAUGGCAGCUAAAUCUCCUCACCCACAUAGAGAAUGUACAGAAUGAAGUCACCAGCAGAAUGGAUCUGAUUGAAAAGGAAGUUGAUGUUCUAGAAAGCUGGCUUGAUUUCACUGGAGAACUGGAGCCACCAGAUCCGCUUGCAAGAUUGCCUCAGCUUAAGCGACGUAUCAAGCAGCUCUUAAUUGACAUGGGGAAAGUACAACAAAUAGCAACACUUUGCUCUGUAUGACAAAAGGAAGAAUAAAGAAAUAAAAAUAGGCUUUCUACAGUGAAUUUUCUUAUUAGCAGCAAGACUGACAGGACAACAGCAAAAAGCUGAGCAUUUAUCUGGUUCUGUGCUGAUUACRUUAAUAGCCUGAAGCUUUAGAGAGAGGAGAAGAGAUCUAGACAAAGGAAUUUGUUAUACUGAGUGUCUGAAUAUCCACUGUCCAAACUUCGAGGGAUAAUAUAUAGCACAUUGAGAAAUGAUGAUGUGAUCUUAACAUGCUAAACAAGGCAUUUGCCUCAGUUAAGAAAGCUGACCAAACAAAAGUUCUGCGAAGAACUGUGCUACCGUUUUGAAACCUUUGGCGGGAAGUUCCAAGUUCAUUGGAGUUGGAUGACUAAAAACAGUGCUUGGGAAAUGCAUAUUUAAUGAAUUCCUUUAUUUUCUUGCUAGUGAAAGAUAGACAUGGAGAGCUCUAUAUCCUCUCUACAAGAAAAGUUUAUAGAUUGUUAUUUUCUUCUCUCGUGAAGGUUUGGGAAAGUGAACAUGCUAGCUUUGGCUUGGAAAGAAAUGACUUGUCAUGGUCUCCUUUUUUAAAGUAUUUUUUUAAAUAGAAAUCCUUAUUACAGCACCCUUAAGCUCCUUUAAAACAUAAGUGGCAAAUAGUUGUCAGAUGUGCCAAAUAAUGUUAAAACCACUGGGAUGAGAGUUUGCAUAUGACUUACAUGAAGGGUUUUUGUUGUUGUUGUUUUUGAUUUUUUUCCCCARAGUCCUACUUGGUGCCAGCAAUCCAUCCAAAAGUGUAUCUAGUUUAUAUAUAUAUAUUUUUUUUUAUUUUCUAUUGCAGUAUUCAGGAUUCAAAAUAMAGUUUUUGUCCUGGGUAGCUCUGUUUUCAUGUUAGCCCUUUGAAACUUUAUCAACCUCAGCUGGGAUGAGGAAUGACAAGAGCAGCAAGAAUGUCUGUGGCUGUGAAUUACUAAACCACUAGAAUAAAUAUCACAAAUAUACAUUAUGUUUUUUAAAAAACUGUCCACUUCAGUGAAUGAACAUCAUGAAACCAAAGGCAACCUAGUUGCUCUGUUAGAUCUUGCUGGAUUUUGAGCCCAGGACUUUCUUUGUGUUUAUAAGUUGCCGCUGUACCCAGUGAUACAUACGUCUAUGUGUAUGUAUAUGUGUAUAGAUACACAUGUACAUAUAUACAUACCAUAUACAUUUAUAUCUACACAUGUCUAGUUUUAUUACAAUAGACUAUAAGAACUGGUGGUUAACAUGAAAUGUUACCUUUUAACACGCAGUUUCUAAAAUUGAAAAUAAUGUAUGUACAGGUUUUGAAAUUUGUAAAAUAUGACUGUUAAAAGGAGGCUAUUUAACUGAUGACAUUAAGAUACUUGAACAUUUUAUGCCUCACAUCUGUUUAUCAGUUCUAGUUAUCUGUAUAAAUGCAUUUUAGAACCGAUAGACAGUAAACUUGAAUUUACCUUUUGAUAAAGAGUACAAGUCACUGUACAUUCAAAAAUUAUUUAAAUUUGCAAACACACUGUUCUAUAUGUAAGGUACUGUAUGUAAAACUGUUUAUUAAAACUAUUCUGCAUACUCUAUAUUUUUCACUUUCCUUCCUGAUCUACGUACCAAUGAAGAAAAAGUGAUGUACAGACCAUCAGAAAUCAUAAAUUCCUGAAAUGUCUUUUGAGGAUUUUGUAAAAUUCAAAAAAAGUGCCAAAGAUGGACUAUUUAGGAAAGAUUUUGCAACUAGUAUGUUGGACUUUCAUGAUAAAAACCAUUAUUGAGAAAGAGAGCAGCAUGACUUGUUCAUUGCUAAAAUAUAUUUUCUCUGAUGUUUCCCAUCUGCCUAUCAUUUCUGAAGUCAGUGAUCAUUCUUGGUGUCUGAAGCAAAAUGUAAACCCCUGUUGCCAAUCAGUUACUAUUUAAAAAGUUUUCUGGAUCAGUCCUGCAGGAGAUACCACAAAUCUGUGUGAUAAGUAGAACUUGGAAGCUGAUUAUGGAAUUCUGAUUGGCACCUCCAUAAUGCAUAGAGAAUGCAACAGCUGAGGAAUUGUUGGUACUUUCACAGUAACUGUUAAAUAAAAUACCCUGAUAUGCUAUAUAGUUGGAUGCUUAAAUAGGUGCUUAAAAGAAUACAAACUGAGUGACCGGCUUUCUGUUUUGAUAUGUGAGACCUUUUUAUAUACAAUUCACUUGCUACAUAUCCUUGAAUGUGGUACUGUGUGUACUCUGUAGGAGAAGCGUAAACAUAGACGAAUUACUUUGAAACAAAGUGGAGUGUAUUUACAUAAUUUUUAAAGCAUACACUAUAGCAAUAUAACGCAGUGUGCAUGGUGUGAUGUAAUAUAGUUGUAAAUGUAACUGAAGGUGGAGAUGGGCAGAAGGAGUUAAGGUGGGAGGAAAAAAGUUCCAUUCCUAGUGCAGAGAUGCAAGAAUAGUAUCCUGAAAAGGAAAUUGCUGUAAGGUCAAAAUUAAAGUUGCCUUUGCAGCUUUAGUUUGUCUUCCGUUUGUAUAUGUAACAGUCUCCUAACUUCACACGAUUACAUGAUUCUACCCCUGAGGAUCCUGCCUUAUUCAGGACAACCUAUGCUUGCAAAAUGAUUAUAUUUAUUUUUACCUUCUUAACCUACGUAGUCAAGUAGUACAGAAAUUCUUACAGUCAUUCAUAUCUGACCUGAGAUAAAGUCUCAUUCUCCUUCUGGAUAGUUCUGUAAUACAUUGUGUACUGCUUAAACGCUUCACAAACUUUUGAAUUUGCUUUCUCAAAUUGUGAUGUUAAYCUGCAACGUGAACACUGGUUAUGGCCUCAGUUUCUCAAGUAUUCAAAUGCUGGGGUGCUCUUAAAGGCUUCAGGUUUAUUCUUUUUUUAAGCACUUGCAAAUCAAAUGCCACAACGGUGCUAAGUGUUCUGUGCAGCAUGUAACUUGGUUGCUUGCUCUGCAUAUCUGUUGGUCAAACCCUGUCUGGUCUGGUUCAURCUAGUGUAUCUUUUAGUUGACCUUAGCGAGAGAAUCUUUUCUCUGUAAGCAUUGUCCUCCUCAUGUCUUCCAGCUUUCUUGGUAAAUGAGUUUCAGAUCUGCACAUCUUUACUUCAACAUUUACCUGGCUAUGCGUUGCCUUGCUACUCAAUGCAAGAGGCAGGCUCUCUCGGAAAAGUAUGCAAUGAUGUAGUGUCUGUUUUUGAUACAUGUAUAUAAAAGUUGAUUUGGAACUUCUGAGUUUACAGCUUUCAUCUUAAAUUUUAAGUGCUUAGCAAUAAUAAAAAGG